CCAGCAUCGACGCAUCACCGGGGUUCGCGGAUUGCCACAAGUGCGAGAAUCUAGAGCCACUUGAACAUUAACCACGUUUUUCCUUCGCACUACACUUUUUCCUUGUCGUGUAUUCACAUUCAUCCAUUGUUACGAUCCAAUGGCGUUCAAGUAUUCAACAGGACAGCUCUCGCGGAGCUUGUCCAAGGCGACGACAUCUGCGCGCAAUGCCUCAUCGCCUCUCACCAUGGCGCUGCCGAAGCAGUCGGCUGCACAGCUUAGAUCAAUGGCGACGGUCGUACCACCCGUGACGCAAAACUCUGCUGGAUCCAAGGGACCGACGGCGAUGGUAUUCAUGAACAUGGGUGGCCCUUCAACGACGGACGAAGUGGGAGACUUUCUGAGCAGGCUUUUUGCAGAUGGCGACUUGAUUCCCCUUGGCCGUUUCCAGAACUACCUCGGUCCCCUGAUUUCGAAGCGACGAACUCCCAAGAUCCAGAAGCAAUACGCCGAUAUUGGUGGCGGCUCACCUAUUCGCAAGUGGUCUGAGUAUCAGAACGCCGAGAUGUGCAAGAUUCUCGAUGAGAUCUCACCCGAGACAGCGCCACACAAGCCGUAUACGGCUUUCCGCUACGCCGACCCUCUGACCGAGGAGAUGUACAACAAGCUUUUCGAGGAUGGCUUUGGAAAGGGAAGAGGCGGAAGAGCGGUCGCGUUUACACAAUACCCCCAGUACUCGUGCUCAACGACAGGAAGCAGCAUCAACGAGCUGUGGAAGUGGAGGCAAAGGCUGGAGGGCAAGGCCGUCGGAGAGACGACACCUGGCGACGGUACCAUUUCAUGGAGUGUGAUCGAUCGCUGGCCGGUACACCCGGGCCUGGUCGAGGCGUUUGCGCAGAACAUUGAGGCGAAGUUAUUGGAAUACCCUGAGGACAGACGCAAGGACGCCGUCUUGAUCUUCUCCGCUCACAGCUUGCCCAUGUCUGUGGUCAACAGAGGCGACCCGUACCCGGCCGAAGUUGCCGCGACCGUGUACGCUGUCAUGCAGCGCCUCAAAUUUUCCAACCCCUACCGCCUCUGCUGGCAGUCCCAGGUCGGCCCGUCCGCCUGGCUAGGACCCCAGACCUCCGACUCGGUUGAGAACUACGUCCACAAGGGCCAGAAGGACCUUGUGUUGAUUCCCAUUGCCUUCACAUCAGACCACAUCGAGACUUUGUUCGAGCUGGACCUUGAAGUCAUCGCUGACUCUGGAAGCCCGGAGACGGUCAAGAGAGUGGAGAGUUUGAACGGUAGCCCCGUUUUCAUCAAGGCUCUCGCGGACAUUGCCAAGGCUCAUCUUGAUAGCAGUGUAGCGUGCUCGCCGCAGAUGGAGUUGCGGUGCCCUGGCUGCAAGAGCGAGCGGUGCCUGGAGUCGAAGAAGUUCUUUGCCGGACAGCAGUCAAAGCUUCUCCCCGCGCAAGAGAAGACUCUUGCCCAAUAAAGAAUGAGUCGCAUCUAAUUUGCGGCAUGUAAUUGUGUAUUAUAUCAGGAAUCGGGGAUCUGUUAGGGUCUAAAAUGGCAUUCGGAGAAUGGCGAAUUCAAAAGCACAUCAACUCUCAACUCUCUUCCAUCUUCCAUGCAUGAAGUGAUUCGCCCGCAGCUUUGUAAACAACCUAUUUUCGCAUUGGGGACGUAUGGUGAUUGCGAAGUAACCAAGUGCAAGGAAGCAAGGAUUGGAAAUGCUUGAGGGGACUUUGCCUGUGAUAAUGACGCCACUGUAUUUCUGGAAAUGUGCUAACAAUUUCCAAACCUAGCUCCACCAACGAUCGCCCUCAAUCAAUCUGCCCUCGGUGAAGCUACAAAUCGACUCCAUCACGCUUACAUAGUUGACGGUAGGCUAUGUUGAAGACACGGCCUUUGGCACGCAAAGUAUUUCGAGCUCAAACCUUCGAUAUUCGACGAAAUAUGAGCUCUCAAAACAAGAUUCAUUUCGGGCCAUUUGAGGUCACCAGCCAGGUCAGUUGCAUUCCAUCACAGUCAAUGACACCCUAUUAUGCGUCGAUCUCAAAUUGGCCUCGCGGCAUCUCAUAACGAUCUUGAUAUGAACACGAUUUAUGGAUGUGACAUGGGCACUACUUCAUUUCAACAUCAAGAAACCUGAACUCGGGCAUCACAGCUACACUCAUAGACUAACACAAGACCAGGUCUUCUUCAAGACGGCACACUCCUUCGCCCUGGUCAACCUCAAGCCCCUCCUCCCAGGCCACGUCCUCGUCUGCCCCCUCCAGCCUCACAAACGCCUCACGGAUCUCCAGCCGGCCGAGGUGACGGACCUCUUCACGACGACACAGCUCAUCCAGAAGAUGCUCGCGCGCCGUUACUUCUCCAACGCCACGUCCACAUCAGAGCCGGCGGCGCCGGAGGCCGGAUCGUUUAACAUUGCGGUUCAGGACGGCGCCGACGCGGGCCAGACGGUGUCGCACGUUCACGUUCACAUCAUCCCGCGCGUCCCCGGCGAGACGGGCAAGGACGGGGAAGGGCCGAGGGAUGAGAUUUAUGAGCAGAUGUCUGCUGAAGAUGGCAAUGUUGGUGGCGCGUUGUGGGAUGCGGAGUUGGGUAGGCGGCCGGAGGCUGGAGGAAAGUUUGCGAAGAUUGAGGAUGCGAUGAGGAAGGCGAGGAGUAUGGCGGAGAUGAUGGCUGAGGCGAACUCGUAUAGAGAAUUAUUGAAGGAUAUGGGAGCUUCAAGUGAGAGUUAAGUAUCGAAUAGCGACCAUAUCACGAUGAAUUGAGC